AUGCUACCGUACCCCUUCCCUGACCUUGCUGCCUUUCCCACAGUCGCUGACCUCAUUACGCACCUCUGCACUAGUGACACUCGCUACCGCGCUGCGCUUCCUGCUGAGUUCUGCGCCAAGAACCCCCCCCCCAUGUACAUCACCCUCUACUACAUAGUCACCCGGCUCCCUGACUCUCUCCGCGUAGUCAAGGGCCAAUUCCUCUCAGUUUGCCCCACCACUCUCACCGUUGACCUCCUCGAGAAGGCCCUCCUAGCGGCAGAGAAGAGCAUAGUCGCUGUAGGAGCCUCUCGUGGUGACCCUCGCACCCCCGUCUUUGAGGGUCGGUCGGCGCUGCGUCUGCCCCGAGCGGGAGACGCCACACAAGCAAGGGCAAGGGGGGCAAGGGCGUUGGAGGGGCUGGAGGGGGCGGUGGAGGUGGUGGUGGAGGCAGUGGAGGGAGUGGGGGUGGUUGUGGGAGUGGUGCCGGGGGUGGCGGCAGCGGCGGCAGCAGUGGAGGCGGUGGAGGCGGUGGAGGUGGCGGAGGGAGCGGAGGCGGCGUAG